UAUCUCAACUAUUUUACUAGUGCAUAGGCAGGGCAUGGGACCAACAUUAUAUUAUGUUAUUGUGAGGACUACAUAAUAUUCUUUCCAAGGAAACGCUGACUUUGAAAUCCUCUUUCUAUUUCAAGCGGAGAAACCCAAACAUCGUUUUCAAAUUCGUUAAUUCUAGAUAGACAUACAGUACUUAUAAAAAUGAUAUUAUAGUUCCAUAGAAGAAAGUGAAAUAGCUUUAACUUAUAAACAAAUAACAAGUUGCACAUUUUAAUUUUAAGUUUGAAAUCGAAGGCUAUAUAAUAUAUACUAUAUACCCUAUAUAUAUAGUGUAGGCUAUAUAGGUCUACAUAAAUAAAUCUUCUUAGACUUAAGUAAGUGAGAAUGAUAGAAUGUGUCAUAAUUCAUAAUGAUAAUCAUAAUGGUAUAAUUAUAUAUUUCAAUUAAAUAAUUUUAAAAAUUCAUUUCAUUAAUUUAUUACUAUUACUAGGUAAAUGUACAAUUACGUUUGUCAUUGUGAAAAAAAUUGUUUAAAUAAGACAUUUUAUUAUAAUUUUAUAAUUCCUAGAUUUACCAAAUGUUUUUUUGCUACUGUUGAUAAAAUGUGAGAUUUUAGUGUAGGCCUAAAUAAAUAUUGUGAGGGUUCUUCAACUAUUAAAAUUAAUUUUAGUUAUGUUUUCUCAACUGUCAAGCUGCUUAUCUUUUAUUUUUUCCCCAAAAACAUUACUAUUACUUCACAGGAUGUCCAAUAAAGUUCAGGAUCCUCUUAGCAUUGAAGGCCAACAGGAAGUCUUGAGUGGGAAACAUGCCUAUGAUUAUAAAAUUAAGGAUCCUCUAAGCAUUGAAUGCCAAAUAAUAGUCUUGAGUGGUAAGGAUGCAUAUGAUAAUAGUUCUGUGAGUUCUGGAUCAUCACAAGACUCACAAGACAGUAGGACAGGCCUACUGGGCAAUGUGUCCCCACGGCCAAAAGCACCACAAAACAAGAAUCUCCUAUGGUAAAUUAAAAUUUUAAGUUUUAGUGUUUAUGUGAUCAGCUGAUCUUUCAAAUAAAGUUGACUAAUUUAUAACAAACAUAAUAAUAACAGGUUAUACAUUUUAAUUUCUAAGACUUUUCAAAUAUCUGUGGUUUUGAAUGGGUGAGUGAUUGGUUCCUGUAGCCUGGUUUUAUUUUAGUCACAUUUUAUAUGAACUGUUUCAAUUAUUUCGAUAACAUAGCUCAAAAGAAUCAACACCAUUUACAAGUGGCUUUAAAUUACACAUAUACUAAAUUUAAAUACGUUUACAUAAUAUAUGAAAAUUACAUUUACAACUAAUCGUCUAUGCGGUUCACGUUUACAUAAAAGCUGAUAUUAGUAGUAUUGAUGCCCCUUAUCAAGAUAACAUAUACAAGAAAAUGUGACAUUCCACUAGCUCUAGUUCAACAUUGGGGUACGUAUUUCCUUUCACAGGCUGGUGACAGUGAUUUCUCUGAUCUCCAUCGUUCUCUGUAUUAUUGUUGUCAGCAUCAGUAUCAUAGCUCUGAACUUGGAGGUGCAGCUUGGAGUAAGUCUUCAAGGGUUUAUUCAACAGUACACUCGGUUGUGAAGUGAGAGAGAGGGGGGGGGGAAGGGGGAUUCAGAAUUUUGUGAAGUGGUAUUUAUAAAGGGAUAAAGGAUGUAUGAUGUGGGGGGGGGGGGGGGGGGAGGUCUGACAUAUUACAAAGCAGAGUGCUGAUGAGGAGUAGGGAGGGGUAAAAACAUUAGCCAAAACUGUGUGAUGUCAUCUAUGAAUUCUUCUUGCAGUAGUUUGUAAACCAACUUUGUGUGAAAUUUUGAUUAUUUUAACUUUAGAUUGAGGAAUCUGCAUCAAAGCCCCCUGUGAUUUGCAUUGAAUGCAUCAAGAUAAUAAAGAACCCAUACGACUUGUCUGAGGCAGAUCCACUGAUGGAUUCCCUGGACAAGGUCUUUGAGGAUGGUGUGGAGAAAUGUUGUGCUCACAACAACUCACAGUUGUCUGCCUUGAUUGAAAUGGUGGGUAACAAAGCUGUAAAUGUAAUUGUACAGGUCAGAUAAGAUAUUUAUAGUCUAAGGCAGCGGUUCUCAACCCUUUUAAUGCCACUAACCAUUAAUACAGUUCCUCAUGUUGUGACAACCCCCAACUACAAAAUUAUUUUCUUGGAUACUGCAUAACUGUAGAGUAUGUGUCUUCUUCUUUAUUUUGAGGGCCCACGAUCAAUGAAUUGAUCAUUCUGGCUCCUAUGUUUCAGAGGGGUUUGCGAUGUUACUGUGCAUGGGUUUCAAUGGGAUGCUUCACUAGUUGCAAGGGCGACUCAGCAGUGGUGUUAUGAACUGGGGGUUGGAAUGUGUGUUUUCCAAUGGUCUUAGGCGACCCCUAGGAAACGGUCGUUUGACCCCUAAAGGGGUCACAACCCACAGGUUGAGAACCACUGGUCUAAGGAGUUGAACUAAUAGUAGGCUGGAGAAAAAUAUGUGUUUUGUGGGGGACAAAUUUUAAUUUGUUGAUUGUUGUAUACAAGAGAUGUUUUGAGCAAACAAAAAUGUUAAAAAUCCAUGUAUCACAACAUUCUUCAUCAUGGGAACAAAUUCAUUUCAAACUAUGUCUAUUUUCUUUAUUUUAUUUAGUAAUUAAUAUUUACUUUGAAGCAAUCAAAGGAUUCAUAAUUUAAGAAAGGAAAGAUAAUUGUAACAUUGUUUUAUUUACUGUACCAAGUUAUGCAAGUUGUCAAGCACACAUUUUAAAAAAUCAAAUCUUUUUUGUUUGAUCAUCAGAGCAUGCGACUGCAAAGGGUUAAUACUGGUAAAGUACUUAUUAGCCUUUUCAUCAUUUUUAUUAAAAGUUUAAAAAAAAUAGUGUUAUAUAGUAUUAUGUAUGUAGCAAGAGCUAUGAUGUUAAAUUAUUUUUCAAUGUUUAUUUCUCUGUAUGUUCAGUUAGAUUCUUCAAAGCAAAAGUAAUAUUAAUUUAAAAAAACAACUUUUCUUUUGGUUUAAAAAAAAGGCAGUAGUAUCUUUUCUUUUUUCAUGUAAAAUAAAAGAGAAAAAAGAAAUGAGUUUAUGGUAGCCCCUGAGAAAAUUACAAAAACUCAAAUGUUGAUAAUUUGAUUCACAUAAGAGCCUUUAUGAAUAAAUUGUAAUUAGAAAUGGUCGUAAAUUUUUUUAUUUAAAAUGCCAUUAACCACUUUACAUUUAACACAUAAUACUACAUGUAUGAUACAUGUAUUUUCAGCUCCCUUACCAGAUUUCAAUGUUUCUGAUUUCAAGUUCAGUCCAGUGUCUGCUCACAAACGUCUGUACCCUCCGAAAAAUCCAUUUCCAGAGGUUAAUUACAGAAAAAGAGGUAUUAUGGAAAUGUAUUUUAUUUCUAUAAUAAUUAAAUUAUUAAAUAUGAAACUGCAAUAUCAUUUUCUGAACCUAUAAUUCUUUUACUCAAUUUAUAUCUCUAAUAAUAAUUGUUGAAAAAUUUAUUCAACAAUUUUCUACUUAAUAUUUUAACUUAAACAUUUUAGUUCUAGUCUAGUUUUGAUUGCAUAUUUUGUUUUGGAAAGUCCUUGAGAUUUUGCUGUUCCCCAAAAUUUACUUCUUCGUUUAUGAUGUGUGUUUUGUUUUAAAUUCCUAAUUGUAUAAAGUUUAUUAUAAGUUUUAUCUCAGCUUUAAAAGGAUAAAUAACACACAACUUUUCUUUUACGGUAGUUCCAAGGUUUGAAAAUAGCAGUGUCCAUGUACUUUUCAAAUAUGAAAAAAGCACGUCAGAUCCUUUACUGGAGCAUAAACAUGGCGUUGAGGUUUUGAACGAUGGUUUGAGAAUAGUUUAUUCAGGUGCAUAUUAUGUGUAUAGCAGCAUACACUUCAGACCUGAGUCAGCUCACCCUUGCAAGAGCUUCUUAUACACAGUAAGUUUUAAUAAGUAUUUAUGAAAGAAAAUAUGUUCAAGACUUAAAAUUAAAAAAAAUUCCUUUGAUAAAUAAUAGUGAAGCAUGUCUGUUAUUUCUAAUAGUUAUUUCUUUGAUGGCAGUAGACUGUGAAUAUUCCUGUGCUGCUGACUGAUUCUUAAUAGACAGUUUUAUUUUUAUGUUUUUCAAACUUUAACUCCAUGUUCAUUGUUAGGAAGUCACCAGAAAAACAGAUGGAAACAAUUUAUUGACUGCCACAUUACAAAAAUUAAUGGAAUUAGAUUAAAAAAUAUUAGAAAUAAUGAAAGAUAACUUUUCUGUAUUUUAUUAAUGGACUUUUAUUCCAUGCCCAGACUUGGGGCCAUUCAGUUGAAAAACUAUCCCCUAACAACCCCGCCCAGACUGGUUGUCUCCUUAAGACAGCUCACACCUGCUGUGAUGAUUGCACCAUGGAUGAAGAGACAAGUUACACUGGUGAGUUUGGGGAAUGCAUGGUCUCUUAAAAUGGAUGCUAUUAUUUUAGUUUUUUUUAAAGCAAAUUAAUCUGAGUAAAUAUUUGAUCAACAUACAAUGUUUUAAUUGAAAAACUUUUCUAACAUGCCUAGGUUGGUAUACCUGGAAACAAUAUUUUCUUAUCCCUGGUCCUACAAAUAUAUCAAUGAAAUCAGAUUACUUAUAAUCUUCUAACUUAAUAGUAAUACUUAAAUUUAAAAUAUUUUUUUUUCCAUAUAAUUUAGAGCAACUAUGGGUAAAAUUUCUUUCCUUUUUUAAUAUGAAUUUCUAAAUUUGCACAGGUGGAGUUUUUAACCUUGAAGCAGGGGACAUAAUUCGUGUGACAGUAUCAGGACAUGGACUUGUUUACUUCCGCCAACAGACAAGUUUUGCCGGAGUUUUUAUGAUAGGAUUAGCAAAUCCUUAAAUUAAGUAAAAUAAUUAAUUGUCCUAAAAGAAACUGAAGCACUCUUAUAUGGUCAGGAGAAUGAAUAUUUCAGAAUGAACAAUUUUUUACAGUUUUUAAACAUAAAACAUAUUGGUAUUUAAGUCUUAAUAAUAUUUAAGUAGCUCAAUAUUAUAAAUUUUCUUCACAGAUUCCCAGGGUUAAAUUUGUAAACAAAUAGUUUUGGAAUUUCUUCACUGAUGUUUCUCCAAACUGUUCUAGAUCAGAACUCUUGUUCAGUAUAGGGAAAUGUUGGGUUAAAAAUGCAAAAUUAAAAAAAACAUGCAGACAAUGAAAAUGCCUAUUAGAAUGAAAUGUGGAUAAAUAAUGAAUCUCUAGGCCUCUGAUCAAAACCUUCAUAUAACAACUAAAAUAAAAGGGUUUUUUAAAAAUUAAUUUUACACAAACUCAAUAUCAUCAUGUCCCUUAGCCCUUGGACAGUUGGGACGCCAUAGAUGACAUGUGAACUAUCCUCAUCAAUAUGUUGGAUAUUAAUUACAAUUCUCAAGUUAUGGAAAGUAGAGGUUGGAGUUGGAGCCCCAGUUUCUUUUAAUAAUAAAAUGGAAAUGUUACAUAACUACUAAAACCAAAAUAUGCUGGCUUAUUGAUCAUUGCCAUAUUUACUGAAGUUCCAAAAUGUUUAAAGAGGUCACUUUUGAUUUUCUAUAAUACAGAGAAUCAUCUUUAGAAUAGGCCUACCAUGUUUUCCAAGUGUUUAACUGACAGCCUCUUAGUUUUGUAACAUAAUUUCUUUUGAAUGUGACACGCAAAUAAUAUAAUUUACUGGAUAAAGAAAAGACUUGAUACAUUGAUUUGAAUAUCAUAAAUUAAUGGCCUACAUAAAAGUGCCCCACUAGUGGAAAUGGUCGUCUAUAAUUUUACUAUAUUUGAGCUGUUAGUAAAAGACUUAAAGAAGUGUGUGCAGUCAUAUUGGUCAUAUAUAAUGGUCAUAUUAAGGUGAUUGAGCACCAUAAAAAGUUAAAAAUAACUCAUACCUGAACUGUGUGUUUUAACAAUGUUUUAUGUUAAUUACUAUUAUAAGACUCUUUGGAUAUAAUUGAUUGAAAAUGUUUAUUUUUGAAGUUUUUACCAAAUAAAAUGAUAUCAUUCUAAUAUU